ACCCUCCCUCCUCGCUUCUUCCCAUUUCGUCCGUCCGAACCCCCACUCAAACCCCAACCAUGACGUCGCCGCCGCCGCCGCCGCAGGUCUACUUGGUCGACGACGUCGUCACAGAAAUCCUCCUCCGCCUCCCGCCGUACGAGCCGGAGCACCUCUUCCGCGCCGCCCUCGUCUGCAAGCCCUGGCUCCGCCUCAUCUGCGACCCCGCCUUCCGCCGCCGGUACCGCGCGUUCCACGGUGCCCCUCCGCUGCUCGGCCUCCUCCACAGGACCCAAGUUCUGAGCGGAGACCCCGCCCCGCGCUUCGCCUCCACCACGUCGAUGCCCGACUUCCCCCACCCUGGCUCCGACGGCCGCCCCCUCGACUGCCGCCACGGCCGGGUCCUCAUCCACAUGUUCCAUGACCAGGAUGCGGAUCUCCUCGUCUGGGACCCCGUCACCGGCGACCGCCACGUGGUGCCCGAGCCCGACAUGGACUGGAUGACCUACACUGCCGCGGUGGUCUGCGCUGCCGCCGGCUGCGACCACCUCGACUGCCACGGCGGCCCCUUCCGCGUGGUAUUCCUGGUCACCGACGACGUCAGGGCGAGCGUGUACUCAUCGGUGACAGGUGCGUGGGCUGCGCCAGUAUCUCUGGACGAUAGCUGUGAAUGCUAUGCCCGGCACAAGCGAGAUGAAAUCGCAAAAACAAUGUACCACACACCCUAUGUCCAGCCUAGGCGAGUAGCCGCUAUUGGAGAUGCAGUCUACUUCACACUUUCGCGGGCGACUGUCAUUGCCAAGUAUGAUUGGGGCAAGAAUCGCCUGUCUCUUAUUGACCCACCACUGCCAAAUACAGAGGUGUACAAUAUUCGCAUUGCCCUCAUGGUGAUGGAGGACAAUUCACUGGGGCUCGCUGGUGUUCAGGAUUUCAGUCUGCAUCUCUGGUCAAGGAAGGUGAAGGGAGCUGCAAAAUGGGUACAGUGCAUGGUCAUUGACCUGGAGAAAAUCAUGCCCAUGGCCAAACCCCUCAAAGGCAAUGGAGCAAGUGUGGUUGGUUUCGCAGAGGGUCUGUGUGUAAUCUUCGUCAGAACAGAGGGUGGCUUAUUCAGGAUCGAGCUCAAGUCCGGACUGGUGAAGAAGGUUGAUGAACCUGCGGUAUACUUUUCCGUCUUACCCUACAUGAGCUUCUACACUCCUGACCGUGGUAGAUUGUUAUCGCUGGCAAGGCUCACUGAUGCCUGACGCGCCACUCAAGGGCAAGACCUGGCGAAUUGGACGUCCGUCACUGACCUUACUUCUGCUGCUUAUGGCUUCUUGAAGUCUUGAUGAAGCGCUACUGCUGUCAAAUCCUUUUAUUUUUACGUUGAGUUGUAUUCUCUGGUGACUGGUAGACCCAAAAUUCAUCCGAAUCAGAACUACCUAACGGCUACCUGCCUGCAUCCGAGGUCAACCUGUGGAUGUUUUCAUCUGAGUUCGUGCUGAUCCUAUAUAGACUCAGAGAUUGUAUUUCAGUCUAAUAUGCCGGGCAUAUUUCAUAUUCGGUGGCUGUUUGGUUGAUGCUUCACUGAGCUAGGCUAUUAUGUGGAGUCUCUUGUCAACUACUUUGCCACUUUGCCCUUCGCUUUC